UGGCGAGACAACAAGGAAAUUGUUCUGCACUCCUGUUAACGUGCUAAAUAACAAAAUCUAGUUACAAUUACUUUUGGAAGUGACCGCUGCCGUGUAAAACAAGUUGACACAGUGAUAUCCGACCCUUCAAUACGCCCGAAUACUUCACUGUUUGUUCAAAAAUUGAGUGAUUGUGGAGGGUUCAGCGAUUAUCUUGAGCGCCAUCUACCAAUGAACAAGCUCCAGUCUGUAGUAUCUCCUUCUGUGUUCCGUCUUUCCUUUUUAACCCAAGUUCUCCGCUUUGACCAGAAACCAGUAGGAAACGUGUGUCAUCAUCAUCGGCAUCUAUUCUUCAUCAAGAGAUCAUCAUCUACUAUGGCCAAGGCAGAAAGUAACAAUCCCUGCAAGAGGAUCCUGAUGGCAUUCGACUUUGAUCACACCAUCAUAGACAAGAACACUGAUCUACAUGUUGUAGAUCUCGCACCAAAAGGAAAGAUUCCACCUGAGGUCAAGGCACUGUAUACCAAAGACAACUGGACCAACUACAUGGGAGAAAUCUUCAAAUAUCUUCACAAAUGUGGAACAACUAAAGACAAGAUCCUACAGUACGUGGGCGAGAUGACAUUCGCACCAGGGAUGACUGAAUUGUUACAAUUCCUUGAAAAAGACAAUCAAGUCUUCGAAAGUAUUGUGGUAUCGGAUUCCAAUUCAGUGUUUAUCGAUAGCAUAUUGACAAAGGCAAAAAUGCUGAAUGUAUUCUCUGAAGUCUUUACCAAUCCUGCAUGGUUUGAGUCUGACGGGCGUCUUUGCCUCGAUUUCUAUCACAGGCAGGACUGGUGUGAUCUCAGCACUGUGAACCUCUGCAAGGGACACAUCCUGUGUGAGUACAUCAAAGAGCAUAAUCAAAAAGGCCAAGUGUUUGAUACUGUAGUGUAUGUCGGUGAUGGCAGAAAUGACCUCUGUCCUGCUCUGAGGUUAUCAGAAAGGGACAUUGUUUUUGUCAGGAAGGACCAUGUGCUUGACAAGCUCCUUAAAGAUGAAAGUGAGAAGUCCAAGAUUAAAGCUCGUGUUGUGACUUAUGAGACUGGUGUAGAAAUCAUAGAUACUUUACAAUAUAUCAUGAAAAAUACACAGACUACAAACACUGUAAAGACGUAAAUCCAAGGUACUCGAUGUUGAUUGCUUAUUGAACUAUACAGAGGGCUAGAAUCAAAUGACCACAUUUGUACAGACAGAUUUCCACUUUCCAGACCUGCCAGAUCUUUGUAACUGGUGAAAUUGAGUGCUGUAAGGAGUGCUUUACACUCUAAACGAUCUUGCAGGUCUGUUGUUGCUGGAAAUUGAUUCCCCACAUAUGAUCGUACGAUUGGGUGCCGUCGAUAGUUCACAGGGUUUACAUA